AGCUCUGAGCCCAGCCCAGCCCCGAUCCCGGCCCAUGGACGGCAAAACCUCCCCGACCACUGCCUCGCCCAGCAGUGUCACCCCCAGCCUGCUCCAUGUCUCCAAGGCCAGCAGCAUCUUCGGUGCCCGAUCCCCGCAGCCUCGAGAGAACGUCCUGGGCAUCAGCUUCAAACCCUACAGCCCCGAGUGCGGCCCCGCCCCGAGCCCCUGCUCAGCCUGUGACAGCACACGAUCCUCCAUGUUCAGAGCUCCCUGCAUGAGCCAGCGGCGGCUUGCGCUCAUCUUCUGCGUCUCCGUCCUCAUCGUGCUGCUCAUCGCCCUCAUCCUGCUGUUCAUGUUCUGGCGGUCACAGACGGGCAUUGUGUACAAGGAGCCAGCAGAGAUCUGCAAGGACAGGCCCGUGCGCUGCGACGGCGUCGUCGACUGCUCGCAAAGGAGCGACGAGCUGGGCUGUGUGCGCUUCUCAUCCGAGGAGUCCCUGCUCCACGUCUACUCCAGCACUGAGAGCCAGUGGCUGCCGGUGUGCAGCAGUGACUGGGACGAGUCCCUCUCCAGGAAAACCUGCCGGCAGCUGGGAUUUCAGAAUGCAUCACAGACCGAGUACAUCCCCCUGCGUGUCUCUGGCAAGAGCCUCACGGUGACUGAAGAGCGAGAGACCAUCCAGCAGAGCCUCAACAGCUCCCAGUGUCUCACAGGAAAGUACGUCUCCCUGCGAUGCACAACCUGUGGGCAGAGGAUUUCUGGCAGGAUCAUCGGUGGGAAGGAGACGUCUGUGAACAAAUGGCCGUGGCAGGUCAGCGUGCAGUACGGGACCAUCCACAUCUGCGGUGGCACCAUCAUCGACGCUCAGUGGGUGCUCACCGCUGCCCACUGCUUCUUCAUGAACAGCGUGAAGAUCCUGGAUGACUGGAAGGUGUACGGAGGGGUGUCAGACCUGAAGCAGACCAUGGAGGGCGUCCCCGUGUCCCAGGUCAUCAUCAACUCCAACUACAGCGACGACCACGACGACUACGACAUCGCCCUCAUGAAGCUCUCCAGGCCACUGACACUCUCAGCCCAGGUGCGCCCCGCCUGCCUGCCCAUGUACGGCCAGCGAUUCCAGACCGGCAGGUCCUGCUUCAUCACCGGCUUCGGGAAAACCAGGGAGAAUGAAGAUAACACGUCCCCGAAGCUGCGGGAGGCCGAGGUGAAGCUGAUCGACUACAAGAUCUGUAACAGCGACAAGGUGUACGAGGGCUACCUGACCCCCCGCAUGAUGUGCGCCGGCUACCUGCAGGGAGGGAAGGACGCCUGUCAGGGUGACAGCGGAGGGCCCCUGGUCUGCGAGGACGAUGGCCGCUGGUAUGUGGCCGGGGUGACGAGCUGGGGGACAGGAUGUGGCCAGAAGUACAAGCCCGGAGUGUACACACGUGUGACAAAGCUCCUCAGCUGGAUAUACAGCAAAAUGGAGAGCGAGAACGACUAAGGGCUCUAAGGGAUGGACACUUGCCUGGGCUGUGCCUCUCUGGCCAGCACGGGCCACUGCCCCAGGCUGCUGCCAGGGCACGAUGCCACCAGCCAACCCCUCACCUCUCUCUGGACUGUGCGUGCAGCCAGGGACUUGUGGCUGCCCCCGAACUCUGAGAACAGAACCUGCAAAGUGACCCUGCCCUCGCCUGGUGCCGGGGGUGACACGGUGGUGGCUGGGCA